AAAACUGAUGCCUGUGCUUUGGAGCUGCAAAACUUUGAAAACCAAGUAGCCAAACUGAGAGGCCAUGGGGAAAGAUUUCAGUUACCUAUGACCUUAAUCCAGGAAGCUUAUAAAUUAGAGGAUGUUUUGGAUGACAUGUGGGGGAUUCUGAAAGCAAAGUAUGUGGAACUGAACUCUCCUUCCAUCAGUGAGAGCCAGUAUGAGGACUUACUUCAUGGAUUUGCAGAGCUGGUAGCUAUUGGACGAGAGAAGAUUGCACAAGAUCCAAAGCAGCUAACAAAAAGCAGAGCAGCUCUACACUCUCACUUGGAAAAUCACAAGGACUUCUUCCACAACCUCAUGACCCGCAUGGCUUUCAUGCAAGCGUUUUCCAAGAAAGUGACUCCCUCCAUCCUACAAAAGAGUGAGGAAUUCUGGAACGAGCUGGUGAAUGAAGUCAAGUUGCUGGAGCAGAAGGCCUGCCAGUAUGGCAUACACUUAGAGAGCCUGUUAAAGGAAUGGACGGAAUUUGAUGAUGAAUGCCUAGUAUUCAAUAAGGAGUUAGAGGCACUUGCCUCUACGUUGCCUUCUGUGAAUUUGGUUGAAGAAACAGAAGAAAGAUUAAUGGAAAGGAUUGCACUUCUAGAGCAAAUCAAAAGCAGUGUUGAUGAAAAGCAUGCCAGGCUGUACCAGAUGGUGAAGGAAGGGAAGAAAUUGCUGACUGCUGUGAGCUGUCCGGAAAUAAGAAGCCAGAUUGGGAAGCUGGAAGAGCAAUGGUUGUCUUUAACCAAAAAAGUUGGACAUGAACUACACCGACUUCAAACGUUACUCAAACUCUUGGUCAGCUACAACAGAGAUUCAGAGGAAUUAAUGAAAUGGCUGGAUUCUGCUCAGCAGAGAAUAAAUUUUUGGAAGGAGCAGUCUCUCAAUGUGUCACAAGACCUUCCCACCAUCAGGGAUAACAUCAACAGCUUGUUUACAUUCUCUAAGGAAGUUGAUGAAAAAUCUUCCCUGAAGUCAUCUGUGGUGAGCACUGCCAACCAGCUCUUCCACGUGAAGCAAGCUGAUACUGCAGGACUUAGGUCAUCUUUGGCAAAGUUUGAGCAAAAAUGGGGAGAACUGAUUACACAGCUCCCAGCUGUCCAAGAAAAGCUUCACCAGCUUCAGAUGGAAAAACUUUCAUCGCGGGAAGCUAUUGCUGAACUCAUGAGCUGGCUGGACCAUGUGGAACAACAGCAGGGACACGAGGAGCCAAUAAAUUCACAAUGUAGUGCUGCCCAAGUCAGAAGCCUCCUUCAGAAAUACAAGGAAUACAUGAUGGAAAUGAACUUUAAACAGUGGAUGGUAGAUUUUGUUAACCAGUCACUCUUGCAGAUGAGCACUUGUGAUGUGGAAAGCAAGCGGUAUGAAAGGACAGAAUUUGCUGAGUGUCUUGGAGAGAUGAACCUGCGAUGGCACAGGCUGCAGGCGUCUCUGAACAGAAAGAUACAAGAUCUGGAACACAUUUUGGAGGAUGUUACUGAAAAUGAGAACAAAGAACAGACUCUACGCAACUGGCUGGAAGCUCAGAGUGAUCGACUGAGAUCUUUACAAACCCCAGCAAGUCUGAUUUCUGCACAGAACACAUUAGACGAUUGCAAGGAGCUAGAAAAUCAACUCACAACUAAAUGCAAAACUCUUGAUGAGCUCAAACAGAGUCUGGCUUUGAAUGGUAGUGCAGAACAAACCCCAGAAACAAUAUCUCUCAGGACAGCUGAGCUGUGUGAAAUGGCAGACAGCAUUGUAAGCCAGGUUGCACAGUUAAAGACCUCAAUGCAGUCAAUACUGGAACAGUGGAAAGUAUAUGAUGAAGUUUAUGCAGAAGUCAGCCUGAUGACAACAAGAUAUUUGUACUGUAUAGACCAAUGCAAACCUUCUGUGGUGUCAUUGGAAGCUUUGAAAAAACAGGUCAAAACUCUCCAGUCUCUGCAAGAUGAAUCAGAGAACAGUGAAGAGAGUUGGGCCAAGCUCCAGGCUGCUGCCAGUAACCUGAAGAAGAGCUGCUCCCCCUCCUUUGCAGAGAUUAUUGAACAGAAGUGCACCGAGGCACAGACUAGGUGGAACUCAGUAAAUGAAGACAUCACAGAUCAAUUGCAGGCAGCGCAAGCGACCCUGCAGCUUUGGGAGCCCUUUGAUACUUUAUGCAGUGAGGCAGCAGCCAAGUUACAACAGCACAAAGAGCAGUGCGCUCAGCUCUUGGAUGCUCACUUGCCCGAGGAUAACAUGAUAGAAACCCUGAAGCAGAGGAUACAGGAUAUAAAGAAUUUACAGCAUGGCCUUCAAAACAUAGCAGGAUCCCGUACCCAGAUUUCUUUGCUGGCUGAUCGGAUAAAACAGCAGGCUGGGACAGCUGCACAAGCCAUUCUGUUGGAGAAGCUGCAGCCACUCCAGGCAGCAUCCUAUUUAGAAAAGAUGUUGCAGAGGAAGUUAGAUGAAUUUGAGUUCAAUCUUUUACAACUGGAGGAUUUCAAGAAUUGUCUUGACACGCUGGAGGGUCAAGUCAAGAAUUGCACAGAUGCCUUCGAUAGUCUCUGUCUAGAAGGAGAAAAAGACAACUCAGAAUUGCUCAUGAAUCGGACACUGGAGCUUGCUGCACUUUCUCCAAGCAUAGAGAGUUUGAAUGAAGCAAGCAUUAAGCUGCCACUCAGUGACUUUACCCUGAAGAAAAUGCAGAGCCUGACUUGGCAGUGGAGUCAGAAAACAGCAGCUGCUCUGGAAUGCUGCAGUAUGCUUGAGGGAAAUCAAAAUGAUGAAAAGAAAUUCCUUCAGAAAUGUGAAAACUGGAUGAAAUUCCUAGAAAAAAUGAAAGAGGCCUUAAAAACAAAUAUUCCAGGACGGUUUGAAGAACUUCAAGAGCAACAGAGAGUAUAUGAGAGUAAGGCAGUCAUUCUUCAGAGGUGGCAAGCCAUGUACUCCUUAAUCAUUGAUGUCGGGGAGAAGUUGCGCACUGUCUGUGAUCCUGAGACCAACAGUGUUCUCCAGGAGGAGCUCAGCCAGUUGCAGCAGAGUUGGGGGGACACCCAGGUCCAGCUGGAGAAGAAGAAGAUGCAGCUCAGCAGCACCCUACAGAGUUGGGACUGCUGUGAAAAGCAAACCAAGGCAUUAGAAAGCAGGCUGCGAGAGCUGAAGGAGAAAGUAAAAGAUCCACUUCCAGUUGAACACGAAGAGCUGUACAAAGCCAAGGAACACGUUAAG